AAUUCCCGUCCUGCAAUAUGGUGCAGAGGCAUGAACGAUGACAACAACUGAUUAGUCGGCAUUACGAGUUUUCGAGCGGAAGUUUCUGCGGCAUAUUUUUUGGUCCUUUGCGCAUUGGCAACGGCGAAUACUGCUGACUAGGUCAUGGCGUCUAUCCAUAUGGACUUCACUUCAGUUCUGAGGUAUUCGACGCAGGACUCACCAAGGGAAGCAGAGGAAGGGGAAGACCUUCACUUCUUUGGAAAGAUCAGGUGGCGAAGGUGCUGGCUUCACUUGGAAUCUCCAAACAGGGAAAAAGAAGAACAACUAGCAUGCUGUUGAAAACUCAGCUAUAACCACGUAAGCGGUGUCUACGCCAAUAAAGACUACUCUGAAUUCUGCAGUAUAUGGCAUUACGGCUUUGAAAGACGCGGCCAGCUGAUAACCUUGAUUUAUUACAACAUACUUACAUGCAUGUGCUUACCAUAAUCCCUUAAUUAUUAUUAUAUAAUCCCCUUGUUAAACCGCUUAUUGACAAUUAGUCGUAUAUUAUAUCAUAUUUUAUGACAUUGUUGUGUUAUAUACAUACAUAUUUAUAUUUAUACACUGCAAAUACGAUUUUUACUUCUACGGCAGUUGGUUUAUUAGUGCAAAGAAAUGGCAAUGCUUUAUUUAUUACGAGUGUAAGCAGCAUGGCAUUUUAAUUAUUUGUUUAAUUUCAUCCCCACACACACACAUUCAAUAAUGCGUAUGCACGUCAUACUAGUCAUUAUUCAGUAAAGAUAAUGAGCAUUUGUCAGUUCAGUUUUUAACGACAUGCAAUCAUCCUUCUAUACAUACAGUACGAUUUAGACAGAAAAUAAAAGCUCAAGCCACUGGAACUAGCAUUCUCAGUGUUAUUGUGGAAGCGCGUUCCAAGAUCGACAAAAAUUAAAAAAUUCUUUUAAAAAAAAUUUCUUAAGUGCGUAUAAUGUUGCCGAUAGAUGCUGCUUAUCUCUUGGCGGCUCUCUUGGUACUCGUACUCAUCUACAUUUGGUGUCGCUACACGUAUGGCUACUGGAAACGCAAUAAAAUUCCUUAUAUGACGCCAUUGCCACUCAUUGGCAAUAUGGGUGUGAUGUUUACACUGAGGAAUAGUUUCUAUCUAUAUCUAUCGGACAUUUAUAAAGACGCUAGAAUGUCAAAAGCUGCGGCAGUCGGCAUCUAUAUACUUAAUCGACCAGCGUUAGUGUUACGUGAACCGGAACUUAUAAAAACCGUGCUAAUAAAGGAGUUCCUGAAGUUCGCCAAUCGGUCAGCCGGUUGUGAUCCACACAAUGAUCCCUUGGGUUCGAAUAAUUUAUUUUUCAUACGAAAUCCAAAAUGGAAGGAUUUGAGAACGAAAUUAACGCCGGUUUUCACAACGGGAAAGAUCAAACAAAUGUAUCCACUAAUGACUGAGAUCGGCACGGAGUUGGAAGCCCAUUUGAAAUCGUAUGCGAAGAAUGGUGAUGCUUUCGCAACUGAAGUUAAAGAGGUUUGUGCAAACUUCACAACCGACAUGAUUGCUACCAUUGCUUUUGGUGUGAAAGCCAACAGUCUUGUAAAUCCAAAUGGCGAAUUUCGCACUCAAGGACGAAAAUUGCUGACCUUUACACUCCGUCGUGCCGUUGACUUCUUCGUAGCCUUUUUCGCUCCCAAGUGGGUCUCCACAUUGCGUAUUAAAAUUUUUACAACCGAGUUCAGUUCCUUUUUACGUGGCACCAUCAGUCAUGUUAUGGCGUCAAGAGAAGAGAGCAAAGUGACGCGCAACGACCUCAUCGAUGUGUUGGUGAGCCUCAAAGAAGAAGCAGUUGCGAAGGGCGAGUAUAAUGCUCAGGUACAGGAUAUGUUGACCGCACAAGCUGCCAUAUUUCUGUCAGCUGGGUUUGAGACGUCAUCUUCGACGAUGACAUUUGCUCUUUACGAAUUAUCCAAACGAAUAGACUUACAAGAACGUCUGCGCAAUGAGAUAUGUGAAGCUUUCGUAGCUGAACAGGGUACAAUGUCAUAUGAGACUAUCAACAAUCUACCAUAUCUGAGUAUGGUAUUAGACGAAGUGUUGCGUUUAUAUCCUGUACUACCUUUUCUCGAUCGCGAACAUCUGCCGAAGGAGGGAGAAAAGCCAUUCGAUCUUAAACCAUGUUACAAUUACACAGUACCAGUAGGUAUGCCUCUUUAUAUACCAAUCUUCGGCAUACAGCGUGACCCCGAGUUUUGGCCCAAUCCGAACACCUUCGAUCCUGAACGCUUCAACGCCGAAAACAAGAAAACCCAUAAGCCUAUGUCCUACCUUCCCUUCGGAAGUGGACCACGGAACUGUAUUGGUUCUCGCAUCGGUUUGUUGCAGUCGAAAGUCGGUUUGGUGCAUAUAUUGAAGAAUCAUUAUGUGACCACAUGUGAGAAGACACCGUCUGAAAUGACUUUCGAUCCACUGUCCAUAGUUUUAAAUUAUAAAGAAGGCAUUUACUUGAAAUUUAUCAAUGACCAACGCUAUGAACGCAGUGUUAAGCAGUGA